AUGGUCCUUAUUGGCUUGUUUGUGACUGCAGAAUUUGAAAACGUAUCAGAGGUGCGAGUACCACCUGAUCACACCUGGUUUUUGGACAUUAGAGAAUCCGAUGGGUUCGAAGUACGCGAAAACGUUUCUUUAUCUGCAGCUGAGAUCGUAGACACUGGAAAUUCAAGGAAUUCUGUACACUUUAGCAUAAACUUCAAGGAUUCUAGAAAAAAGGGUACCAUCACGAUCAAGGGAGCGGAUUCCAAAUUCACAGACGAUGGCUAUAGCUGUGUCUGCAUCUUUGACUGCAGAGGAGUUGAUAUUCUCUCAUGGAAUCCAUCCGGAGGAUACCAGGUUGUUUGCACAUCUGGAAACGUCAUCUCGGAUGUCGAAUUUGAACAGGAUUCCUGGGUCGGUUUCGACGAGGUAAGCCAUUCCACUACAAAUAUCAACAUUCAGAAAUCUGAAAAAUGUGCAUCUGUCCUAAACCUCAAAUAUGAGCUCAGAGUCGUAUGA